CCGUGACUCCUCUUUCAGAUUGCACUUCUUCAUGCCCGGCUUUGCUCCGCUCACGUCCCGCGGCAGCCAACAGUACCGCGCGCUCACCGUGCCCGAGCUCACCCAGCAGAUGUUCGAUGCCAAGAACAUGAUGUGCGCCUGUGACCCGCGUCACGGCAGGUACCUGACGGUAGCGGCCAUCUUCCGCGGCCGCAUGUCCAUGAAGGAGGUGGACGAGCAGAUGCUCAACGUGCAGAACAAGAACAGCAGCUACUUUGUCGAGUGGAUCCCCAACAACCUGAAGACGGCCGUGUGCGACAUCCCACCCCGCGGCCUCAAGAUGUCCUCCACCUUCGUGGGCAACACUACCGCCAUCCAGGAGCUGUUCAAACGAGUAUCGGAGCAGUUCACCGCCAUGUUCAGGAGAAAAGCCUUCUUGCACUGGUACACCGGGGAGGGAAUGGACGAGAUGGAGUUCACCGAGGCCGAGUCCAACAUGAACGACCUCAUCUCCGAGUACCAGCAGUACCAGGACGCCACCACCGAGGAGGAGGGCGAGUUCGAGGAGGAAGAGGAGGAGUAGCAUGACGUCAAGAGAGAGAGAGGAUGGGAGAAGGGGUCUGGGGGAAGGCAGCGAGCGGUCACUCGUCUGUCUUCCUCAUUUUAUUUUUUCAACUUAUAGCAUGGGCAAAGCGGGCCAGAACCAGAGCGGCGCCCGGUGCAGGCAUCCCGAUUUGAUUUAAAUUAUUUCUCUUUAAAUUUUUAUUUUUUAAAACAAUUUAAAAAAAAACUUUUAGUCGGGCCAUGCUGGCUGUCAUAGCUGGAUGAUAAAGAAUUUAGUUCCGCAGACUCGUUUUAAUAGUAGAUGCCAGUAAAUGAAAAUGGAAAAAAAUAAUAAAUAAAACUAUAAAAAAUACAAAGUAAAGAAAAACCAGUCUGACAGCCAACAUUGGGCAGGGCCUUUCGCGGUUGACGAAAAGCGGGAUGCCUCUACCGGUCACCAGUGAUGGGGCGUAUCGACAGCGGGCAGUCAAACAAAAAUUCUAUUGAAAUCCAUUUUUUAACGUACAUUCUCAAAAUGCUCAUCCCUUGUUCGGCGGGCGCACGACGGCGCUUCCGCCUAUGGGGCCCGGGUCAAGGAAGGAUCCGGCCCGGCAAACACUGUAUCAUCGACCACGUACUCGAAUCCCUUUUGUGCGCGUCAGUUCUUCAUGUGUUCUAAAAUGGUUGUCAAUAAAUUAAGCUUGGAAAAUCAA